GGGCGGAGCGGGGCAGGGCACCGUGCGCCCGGGCUGCCGCCGGGGAGGGGAUGCGGCUGCUUCCCCCGGCCGGUGUGUAGGGAGGGCGGGUCCCGGGCCUCGGGAGCGCGGCGGUGGAGGGCACGGAGGCGGCGGCCAUGGCGACCCCCGGGAGCCUGGGGUCUGUCCUAGCGAGCAAGACCAAGACCAAGAAGAAACACUUCGUAGCGCAGAAAGUGAAGCUGUUUCGGGCCAGCGACCCGCUGCUCAGCGUCCUGAUGUGGGGGGUCAACCACUCGAUCAACGAACUGAGCCAUGUUCAAAUCCCUGUCAUGUUGAUGCCAGAUGACUUCAAAGCUUAUUCAAAGAUAAAGGUGGACAAUCACCUUUUUAACAAAGAAAACAUGCCGAGCCACUUCAAGUUUAAGGAAUAUUGCCCGAUGGUUUUCCGGAAUCUUCGGGAGAGAUUUGGAAUUGAUGAUCAAGAUUUCCAGAAUUCCUUGACCAGAAGUGCACCCCUUCCCAACGACUCCCAGGCCCGCAGUGGUGCUCGGUUUCACACGUCCUACGACAAAAGAUACAUCAUCAAGACCAUUACCAGUGAGGAUGUGGCCGAAAUGCACAACAUCCUAAAGAAAUAUCACCAGUAUAUCGUGGAAUGUCACGGAGUCACCCUUCUUCCCCAGUUCUUGGGAAUGUACCGGCUUAAUGUCGAUGGAGUUGAAAUUUAUGUGAUUGUUACAAGAAAUGUGUUCAGCCACCGCUUAUCUGUAUAUAGGAAAUACGACUUAAAGGGCUCUACAGUGGCUAGAGAAGCUAGUGACAAAGAAAAGGCCAAAGAACUGCCAACUUUAAAGGAUAAUGAUUUCAUUAAUGAAGGCCAAAAGAUUUACAUUGAUGACAGCAACAAAAAGGUGUUUCUGGAAAAACUGAAAAAGGAUGUUGAGUUUCUUGCCCAGUUAAAGCUCAUGGAUUACAGUCUUCUGGUGGGGAUUCAUGAUGUGGAGAGAGCGGAACAAGAAGAGGUGGAGUGUGAGGAGAAUGAAGGCGAGGAGGAGGGAGAGAGUGACGGCACACACCCCAUCGGGACCCCGCCAGACAGUCCUGGAAAUACGCUCAACAGCUCACCACCCUUGGCUCCCGGCGAGUUCGAUCCAAGCAUUGAUGUCUACGGAAUUAAAUGUCAUGAGAACUCCCCCAGGAAAGAGGUGUACUUCAUGGCCAUUAUCGAUAUUCUUACUCAUUAUGAUGCAAAAAAGAAAGCUGCCCAUGCUGCAAAAACUGUUAAACAUGGCGCUGGUGCAGAGAUCUCAACCGUGAACCCAGAACAGUAUUCAAAGCGCUUUUUGGACUUUAUUGGCCACAUCUUGACGUAACCUCCUUGGACGGACAUGAGCACGGGAAGGACCGAGGUGGCUUUGGUGUAGGACGAGAGAAAACCAAACUCAAUGAAGCACUCAUCUUGCAGGAAGCAGACCUCCUUUGUUUACAUCUGCAGGCUAAGAUGACUGAUUUGUGGGGGCUAUUCGCUUUAACAGCUACCUGAUAUUUUCCCCAGCCUCAUUCUAGCUACUUCAACUUGGUGAGGGUGUGCACGCGUGCGUCCACACACACACACUCUUGUGCACAUUUUUUAAAUAAUCAGAACCAAUCGGCUUGAAUCAGAAUGUUACAAGAAAAACCCUCUGAUUCCAGCUGUGGGUGGAUGGAUGGAUGGAUUGAUGGACGGGCAUACUGGGGGGAGGGGAAAGGAAAUGUACGAACAACUGUUGGCCUCAUGCACUAAACUGUGGAUCAGUUUAUCUUUGAGUUGAUAAUGGGAGACAAUAUUCAUAAUAAUAAUGAUGAGGAUAAUAAUGAUGUGGAUUAAAAAGCAAACAAAAGGAAACCCUUUACUGCAAAUGUUGUACUUCUACACAACACACACACACAGAGACACUCCUUAAUAAUUUUUUCAGAGGGGCCCUCACCCCUGGGUGCAAGAAUGCUGCCAUCUUCAUGGCAUGUGAGUGUUGGGACCCCAGUACCCCAGGAUAACCAAGCUCCUCUCCGCCACAGGACUCUGUCCACAUUUCCACCUCUAUAAAGAUGUCUAGGAAAACUGCUUGCUUUUCUUUCUUGCCUGGAGACUCUUCAUUGUUGCACCGGUAUGUUGUAGGAAUUCAUGCUACAAAAUAAAAGCAAAGCUUGCCUGAAAGGUGCAUAGUUUGGGGCAAUAGUAGCUACAUCUCCCUGUAGGAAGGUGAGCAGAAUUAACACUCAACUUCCCCUGUCACGGAAUGCAAAUCUGAGUUGCAAAAGGUUUCUGUUUGCAUUGUUUAAAGGAUGGUAUUUUGUUACCAAUUACGAUCCCUUUAACUGAAACCCUCAGUUUAACUGUUUACAUUAUUAGGAAAACAGGGAUAUUUUUGAAUCUAAAAAUUUAAUACACAGCAUGUGAUUUUUGAAGUUUACAUGUAAAGUCAUUUUACAGUGUUGGUGAAAAUGAUUGUCACAUUUAUAGAUGUGUCCUGCAGUCAUGUUUCAUGAGUGAAUGUUUUGUUCAAAGUACAUGAUAGAUGGUCUUAUACAGUAAAAAAAAGAAAAAGAUAAAUAAAAGGAGAGAGAGAGAGAAGAAGAAGAAGAAGGAAAUGAAUGGAAAGGAUUCUUCCAUUCUUCCAAGUGAACAUUUAUCAACCUCAUUUUUUUAAGAGACUUAACCCAGCUCUGGUUAUAUAAGUUCAUUGCCCUAAACUGUGCUGAUUGUGUUUAAUCAAGUUAAACAUGGCCCACAUUGAUCAUGUAUCUACCAACUUACCUGCAUUUUUCUAAAAGGCAUCAAGUUAUAAAGUUAUUAGACUUGCCUAGAGUAGGUACUCAACUUAGACGCUGUGUUAAAGCUGUGCCUUUAAAACUCCUUGUUUAAAAUGUAAGAAGGUUUUUGUAGGCAAUUUCAGAACGGGGACGGGGGAGAAUUCACCCUUUCAUAAUGACUUACAACUCAACAAGUCUUCCUGUAAGGCUGCCUUUUCCGUCACCUUUGCGUCUGGGUUCUGCAGAUCACAACUGUGUCCAGCGUCUGCAGGCACCUUUGAAGCCAGGAGCUUUGCAAGCUCACCACUCCCUACCGACUGGAAGUUCAUUCUCCCAGGAAGAUAACUCUCCUGUAACAUACUCAUGCAACUCUGUAUUUUAUACAUUUUAAGUUCAUCCGUGCUACGAUUUGAUUCUCUAUCACCACCAAUAAUAAUUCUGGCCUCCAUCUGUUUUGUUGUUUUUGAAGUUCUGCUGUGGUUCUUUUGAUCCAAGACAUACAAAUGGGAAACCCUGAAUUAAAGAUAAGGUACACAUCAGAAUUGGAGUAAUAACUUGUUCGCUUCGUGGCCAGUCUGUGUUUGCUUUUAGAACUUGACAAAGUGCAUUAUUUUUGUCUGUAACCAUCUCUGUUUUCAUUUCGGGUGGGAAGCUGUUUGGACAGGAUAAGGAAGUUUGCCUUGUAUCUCCUAGUGCUAACAAUACACUCCAGCCAAGAGCCAGGCUUUACAAAAUAAAGCACUUUGAGGACUUCUCA